AUGACGGAGACUGAGAGCGCCCCAGCCGCCGCUCCUCCAGCGGAGGCCGCCGCCAAGAAGAAGCCGGCUAAGAAGAAGGCGUCCGGUCCCGCCGUGUCCGAGCUCCUCGUCCAAGCCGUGUCCGCUUCCAAGGAGCGCAGCGGGGUGUCCCUGGCCGCCCUGAAGAAGGUCCUGUCCGCCGGAGGAUACGAUGUGGACAAGAACAAGAGCCGCCUGAAGAUCGCCCUCAAGGCGCUGGUGACUAAGGGGAGCCUCGUCCAGGUCAAAGGCCAUGGGGCCUCCGGAUCGUUCAAGAUCAACAAGAAGCAGCCCGACGGCGCCAAGGCGAAGCCCAAGAAACCGGCCGCUAAGAAGAGCAACACCAAGAGCCCCAAGAAGAAGCCGGCCGCCAAGAGACCGGCAAAGGCUGCCGCCAAGAAGGUGACCAAGAGCCCCAAGAAGAGCAAAGCUGCAGCCAAGCCGAAAAAAGGCGCCAAGAGUCCCGCUAAGGCCAAGCCGGCAGCUAAGAAGGCGGCUAAGCCCAAGAAGGCCGCUCCGAAGAAGAAAUAA